AUGUCGAAAAGCUUGCCCUUGGGUAUCUUGCAAGAUGUCCUCGCGGAAACUCUUAAGAAGAAGGAGGACUGCUUAAGGAAGAGGGGGAAAGUGAAGAUUCAAGGCCGAGAGAUUGUCAUUCGUGAUGUGCUCAACAAGUUGUCUGCUUGCAUCACAAAAUUCAUUAGCAUAGGUGAUAUAAUCGUGCAAUACGACCCUGUGCAUGCAGCGCUGCCCUGGGCUGCGGUCCGCUUCGUGCUGCAAGUAGCCGUGGACGACCCCGAGACGUUUGACCUCGUGCUUUUUUACAUAGAACGUUUGGUAUAUUACAUCACGAUCUCUAGUAUAUUCGACGUGCAAUAUCUCCAGCCCAAGCAUCACCUUCUCGACGUUUACCCUCAACUUUUUGAAGCAAUCGAGACUCUCCAGACAAAUGUUCUAAAGUUCCUGGGAUAUUUGCUCCGCCACUUCUGCUCCAGCACCAUCGCACGGCAUCUCAAGAGCAUAGUCGUAUCAAAAAAAGACAUAGAAGCCAAGUUCCAGCCCAUCGAAAAGGCAUGGCGCAGAGUGGACGAACUAUCACGCCUUGCGACAGCAGAGAAGAACGAAGAAGAGUUUGAAGUCCUUCAGAACAAGCUACAAGAACUCUACAGGCCCAUCGCAAGAAGCGCCGACCACCUGGAGGCCAUUCAAGAUGGCUUGGAACGAGAAGCUCGCGUGCGCAUACUCAAAGCGAUUUCCACGAUUCCGUAUCCCGUACACCACGAAACCGCACGAAAGGGGCGCUUGGAAAGGUCAGGCGCAUGGUUGCUACGCAGCAAUGCUUUCAUAGACGGGAGGUCAGAGAGCUUGUCUUAUGUACUGUGGCUUCAUGGCAUACCUGGGUCAGGAAAGACGAAACUGGCUUUACUGGUUGCGGAUGAGCUUAUGCAAACGACCAAGAUUGCCUAUUUCUACUGCACUCGAAGCCCUGCUGAGCGGCAUCGAGGUCAGUGUGACAAGAUGGUCGCAAGCAUUGUGCGACAACUGGCAAGCCUCAGACCUGACCAGCCUAUACUUGGCCUCGUAGUCGAGCAAUAUCGAGAAGCGAUAGAUGGGUUUUCUGAAUUUGAAGAUCAGGCUUGGUCUAUUGAAGAGUCUCAAAGGGUGGUCCUGGAGCUUCUAGCCGAAUACCCCGCCGUUAAUAUCAUUCUGGACGAGGUCAACUACGAAGAACGACAGUUGCUCAUGGACGUGUUGUCAAGAUGGAUUCAAAAGUCUCCAAAUCUACUCAAAAUCUUUAUCUCGAGCAGAGAUAACUACGAUAUCGUCUUGCAGCUCGCAGAAUCACCCAAUAUAUACUUUCGUUGGGUUGAGCUCCAGAUUCAGUCCCUUUUGCCACUCAAAGUUGCAGCGGACAUUCGUAAUCGACUGGGAAAACUGCCACCUACCCUCGAAGGCUCUUAUUGGGAGAUCUACAACACAAUUCUAGAAUCAGGCAGACACGCAUCAAAACUAGCCAUCUUCACGUUUCAGUGGCUCUUAUAUGGGCAGAAAGUUAUUACAGCAGACAAUUUCGUCGCUAUCGCAUCAGCGUCUCUUCAGAUUGAAGAACCGGAUGGAGAAACAGGGCGCUCCGACUCUCUAGAAGCUAUCACGACCGGUGAGAUUCUUGACGUCUGUGCUAAUCUCGUUGUUUUACACAACGGGGUGGUUGUGCUGGCUCACUUAUCCGUGCGAGAAUUUCUGGAAGGUCUUACCGCGCGGAGUGUUGAUACUAUGAUCGCAGCGAGAGGUAACGACGCUAUUGCUGCGGCAUGUCUUCAACUUUUCUUAACGGGGACCGAGGCAGCGUACGACGAACUACAGGAGCCAGCUGUGGCCGACUCUCCACGUGACACUAGAAAUACACAGACGCCAAUUGAAGAGGUGAUGGACUCACCUUCUGGAACAAAGGGGCCACAGUCCGAUGAUGCUGCUGAAUCGACCACAGCAGAACCGGCUUUGAAGAAAGAUGGCAACGAUUCGAUUGACGAUUCCUCUACGCCCGGGGCCGAGGACUAUCAACCCCAGACUACGGUCAAAGCCCAACCGCCCGAACCUAAGCCGAUUCGUGUCAAGAUUGCUACUAAAAUGAUCAAUAGCGACGAUUCGCAUGCAUUAACCUACUCAUGA